AAUUCACUUAACCUUCUUACGCUUACCUUGCCCUAGCCGCCGACCCAACGCCACUUACCAGCUCACAUCUGUUCUCCGUUCCCCGACCGAGCAGGCGAGCACCGCCGCCGCACGGAAGCCACCGGCGUCCGACACCAAUUAAUCUCCCCCUCCGCCUCACCUCACCUCACCACACCACGGCCACGCCGCCGGAUAGUCACCUAGCCGGAACGUCCCCCUCCACCUCACGUCCUCGUCCUCACCUCACCCGCGCCGCUGGUCCUGCACUUCGUCGGUCGUGCAAUCGUCCACAGGCAGCCGUCUUCCUCCUCCGUUGGUCAUCAGUAACCCACUAUACAGCAGCAAGAGAGCAGCAACUGCAAUGGCGGUGGCUCUGGUGAACCAUCGACCCUCAAUGCGCAAUGCAAUGAGUUUAUUUUUCCGUUCACUCGAUGUUGUUAGAUCCUUCAGUGAUGUUUCUGCAACUCCCUCAAUGGGCACACAGGAGGAUGAGAAACUGAAGCCGAAGAAGAAUAAAAAGAAGAAUCUUUUUGAUGUUGCCCAAUUCCUACCCAACUGGGGAAUUGGAUAUCAAAUGGCCAAGAGCAAGUGGAGGGACCUCUCGUACAAGAUAACCAAGAUCAACUUGUAUAAGGAUGGACGUCAUGGAAAAGUGUGGGGAAUUAGGCACAAGGCCGGUUUACCAGUUUCAGAUACUCCUGUCAAGAUGAGUGGCGUAAACAAGCGUGGUUGGAAGUAUAUUAAUGAAUCCAAAAAGAAAAUUGAAGACGCCCCCAAAGUGGAGAAGCAAUCCUCUACUUAAAUUUGGUAUUUCCUACAUGAGGCUUCCACAUUAUGUGGGAGUUUAUUUCCUUACUUUCUCUAAAGUGCUCUCAAAAUUGGACGUCUUAAACUUUAAGCAGCAAACUUUGUAAGGAGCUAAAUUUUCUAGCUGCAAGUUUGUGCAUUUUAUUUCUGUGUCUACAGUAUGUGGCCAUGUGGAAGCAUGUCAUCCUCUCGAAUUCUGCAUUUUAUCAACUUUUAUAUGAUAAGAGACUGAUUAAACCACUUGAUUGUUAUCUCCAUCUCAUUGAUCUUCUCCCUCCUUUUAGUUGGCUAUCUGUAAUAAUGUUUAAGCCAGUUGAUUGUCCACAAAUUAUUUGCUCAUAAAAAUGUUUCUGGCCCAA